ACUAAACAUGAACAUGUGACUGAUAUUGGACUCCACCCAGCAUCAUGAAAGUGUCAUACAGUCGUAUGUUGUUUGCAAAUGACAUUUGAUGUGUAUGGUCGUUAGGCAUUUGGUCGUACUGCACUUUGCGUUAGCAACCACAAUUUGCAAUCGAUCGAGCUGAAACAGUCGAUUCGAUUCUGUUUAAGCUCUCGGGAGAUUCCGAAUUUGGAAUUUUUCUUGCCAACCCGCGACGUGAACGGUUUUCUAACAUUCAACAGCGGAGUAAUCGCAAGAUUUUGCCGUCGCGAAAGAUGUGAUCCACCGACCUUUGAGUUGUUCUGCGGAGACCAUGGGGGCCAUUCUUGUGCAGUCCUGCAGACAUUGAGCACCAAAGAUCCACGCCCCAUCCCCUGAACUUCUAUAUCAUUCCGUGGUGAGCUCACAAAAACGGCUACUACACCAUGUGCGAAAUCGGAUGGUUGUGGCGACAGACGCCAUAUCUCAACCGUCUACCGCCCUGUCGUGGUGAAAGAAACCACACAUAGGGAAACUGCACGGUUCUUUCUCAUAGGAUUCAACGAGAACUACAUCAAUUUGCUCGAUCCUGGCGUAUCAAACGUUACACACCAAAGUGUAUCGAUGGAAAAAUCUGGAUCGAGGUAGACGCUGUUGUCCCGGUUGUUGAAAGGACAUGACGGAGUUCGUUAUGGGCCCCUCAGUCGUGCCGGCUCUUCAACUUGUUGCUCUCAGACAGCUUCCGAAGAAUUCUCUUCUGAACGGAACUCAAGAUGAGCGAAACGGUGGUUAUAAUGUAGGGGAGGAAAGUAUGGCUUGUCUUACAAACUUGGCUGAUUCAAGCGGAUGUCCAUGGAGUUCGAUUGGUUGUCAUUGGAGUAAGCAAACAGCUGAAAAGUCUUCAGGCUGCCUGGUCUUGAGGAAGAGUAAUGGACUUGAAGAGCUUUUUUGUGCAGUUGCUCAACAAUCGGAAGUAGGAUUUCUUAGUGACCGGAAGAGUGAUUCAACGGGUGAAUCUAAAAGCAGUGGCGCUGACAAUCUGAUAUGCAUCAGUGAUGGGGAGGUGCGGAUUUCAUGUAAACGAAAAGCUUAUGUUCAUAAUGGAGGACGACUUAAAGGUGAUAUUGCUAGUGAACGUGACGACACAAUGGAUACUGGGACAUAUCAGUUGGAUCAUGAUCGAAAGGACAAUUGUGGUCAACAUUCGCCCGAAUGUAACACAAGCCAUCUGAAGCCACAAGUUGAGAAGCUUGGUUGGAAAAACGGAAGACAUGCUGAGAAUAGAAGGAAACGAUGGGCCCAAUCAGAUCCGAUGCUGGACAUAUGGAAAGCAGUGUCUGCAUCCAGGCACGCUGCUCCUUUUCGCAGACCUGUAGCUUUGCUGGAUGACUAUAACUCGAUUAUCAGGCAGCCCAUAGAUCUCAGCACCAUUCGUCGACAGCUCGAGAGUGAUGAGUCCUACAAUCUGGAGUCACUUCGGCGAGAUCUGAUGUUGAUGGUCACGAAUGCUCUGGUCUACAACAAAAGUGGUACAGAAACCUAUGACAUGGCCGUCAAAUUGAAGGCUCAUGCUUGCAGGUUGUUUGAGGGAGACGGAAAGGACUCCAUCUUGUUCGGUUAUAAGGCGUCCUCCCUUGGAAAUUCAAGCAAGUCAGCUGUUAAGGUAUCGAAAGCCAAAGCUGCUUUGCAAAAUGCAGCAGAGCUUUUUAAUGAGUGUGAAAGCCUACCUCUUGCUCCUGUGAAAAAGCAUCGGACGAUGCGAAGACCCAGAACAUGCAUUAAUAACGAUGGCGGUGGAUUGAGAAGUGACGUGGCGAAUGGAGCUGCGAUGGAUAAUAUAAGUGAAGAGGAAGCGGCAGCUGUCCUGAUUUGCUUCAGCAGCGGACAAGCAGGGGAUGAAAAACAUGCACCUUCUAUGUCCAAGGUUGCGAAGUUGGAAUCUCCAAGGAAACGGCUGAAGAGGGUUGAAACAGAGAUUGAUGAAUCUUAUUCAUGUUCGGACACUCCAGAUGAUAUUUCGCAUACGGACCAUAAUCUAAUGGCCGUGAACCUUAGUAUUAUGACUACAAGUCUCCGCCCUGCAACUGCAACCUCAUUACGUGGUAUAGAAAUCAGACCCAUGUUAGAGGAGUCUGAGAAGUACAGGUACUGGACGGCCAUGGACAUCUCUCAAACAAAGAAGUUUGAAAAUUUAGGAGUAUCUGUUUCUGUAAUUAACGAGGACCCAAGGGGAACAUCUACCAUUAGCAAUCGAGAUGAAAAUGCGGUUGGGAAUCAAAGAAGUGAGAGAACCUGUAUGGGUUUGAAGCACAAGUGGCAGGAACGUUGGCGAAUGCAGUCAGCUGCGAGUUCCGAGAGUAGUGGUCCUAUGCAGCAGUCAAGUGAUGCCGUUGGAGUCAAUACUUUUGUUGAUAAGUAUUCCAUGGAGGAUGGCUCUGGUGCAGAGACAAACUAUAGGCCUUUCCCUCAGGAGCGUACUCAAGUGUCGCGCCUCUGGUGUAGGUGGCAUUUCUUUUGUCAGAAAUCAUCACAAGUCUCAGCAAUUUGCACUUGCAGGUUGAUGUGCGGAGUUGCUUGCACGACUCCUUAUUGUUGAGGUUCGUGUGCAAAAUGUAUCGUUGUUGAAGAACGGAUGUUGUAGAAUAUCUUGCCUUGGGAUCUGUAGUCAAAAUUCCUUGCUAGUUCCAUAUUCUUUAGUAUGAAAGCGGAGCGCCUCAUUCUAAAGCAGGAAUAGCGGGUUCGAAACAUAGUCUGGCGUUGAAGUCUUUUGCGAUCGUCGAGUUCAGUCAUUGAAGUGCAACAUUCAACGAUAAUUCUGACUUGUGGAGCCAUUGAUGCACAGCCCAGGCAGGGUACCUGUGUUAUUGUGUCAUGCACAAAUUCCAGUACACUGGUCACAAUCCAUGCAAGAUUAUAUGUUUUGUUGAGUUCGUGGAAGGUAAGAGCGCACUUCGACCCUAGCCUUGCUCAAAUACUUUCAGGAUGCUCCUAUUUGAAGUAUUUUACAAGCUGGGAGAGAAGAACGUGUGUGACAGGUGCAGCAUAACAUUCUUCUUCUACUUCACCAUUCGAAAUCAGUAGGUUAUAUUUUUAUCUUCCUCUUCUCUUACCAAGGAGUCUUUAUUAUUUGAGUAAAAUUCCGUGAGCAUCCACAGGUGUAAAUCAGCUGAACUGUGUUGCAGACGUUUUCCGUUCUUUUCUAGAUCUGGUUUAACAUUGUACCGCAUGAGAAAAUGGCAUUCAUUAUUAGUAUAUGUUUCGUGUAGUCUAACAAUUCCAUAGUUUACUACCUUCUGGUGGCUUCUCCUAGAGUUGAUAAAGAUGCAUGACAUCUGACAUCAAGGGUGGGAUCUUUCUGUUUCGUUUGAAACUUGAAAAGCAUUCCAGGAACGUACUUAAGAAGCAGCCUGUUUCUGCACGGAAUAGCCUUUUCACUACCAAUUUCGCCUGAACUGUGCCUAUUCACAAGAGUUGGCGUAGUUGAGGCGUGAAGUCUUACGCCUAAGCAAAUUCAUCUGUUUGGGUAGCUCAAGGACUUCAUAGUCUUGGUAAUUUUGCAGAUCUAACCACGCGUUUUACUACUGUUGUUUAGCUACAGUUAUUAUCAGUACCUUGGGAAGCGGAUGAAAUUUACUUGAGAGUCCUAGCACAAUAAUUUGGGCCUUUUGCCGUAUGAUAUCUUGCUACGUUUUGCAGAGAUGAAUCUAUGAAAGAGAACGUCUUGAGUCCAAAGGGGAGUAGCAAGUGAUUUAUAUGUGUUAACACGUUGAGCCGCAAACCGAAUGUCUAAUCAUACCGAAUAUCUAAAUAUUUAGAGUUACAUUUUGUAUAUAAUCUUGAAGUCCAAGGUGGCUGCAUUCUCGUUGUGGCUCUUGUGGUUGGUCAUUGUACUCAAGAUCGUUUUGUGGAUUUUCGGUUUGUACUGCUAUUCCUAGUUCUCACUAAUCAUG